AUGAGGUUCUUUGAAUCAACACAAAAACCAUGAGGUUGUCUGACCAAAAAAAAAAAAUAUCCGAUAGCCAAUUAUUUGGCAAUAGAUCUACAACAACAAGAUCUGGUAUACACCAGAUCUACAACAAACAAUAAAAAAAUCUCCUUGGAGGAUCGAUCGAAGGCCCUACAGUAACCAGAUUUAGGAUGCUUCAUGGAUAUACAAUAACACAGACCUGCAACACCACAGAUCUACUGCAGCUUGUCGUUGAGUUGUGGGUCUUUAGAUCCGAAGCAAUACAUGUCUGCUCAAUCGAGGAUGCUUUGUCGAAGAGCUCUCAGUUGCAGGGGUGGCAGUGAAGAGGAAGGCUGGAGUCUUCUUUGGCCAUCGGGGAGAGAGACAGAAUUGCAGAGAAAUGUUUCGGGAAUAGAGAAAAAAAAAGGGCUUUUAUACAACGUACUUAAGUGCACAGUAAAAAAGAUAAUAGUGUCCUCCAUGUGUUUUAAAAUUUUGCCCUCUUUUCUCUUCAAAACACCUAAAACAUCUUUUACUUAUUCUCUAAAAUCCUUCUUUAAUUUCCUUGUUUUUCAAAAAGGGUUCUACAAACCCCAUUGUUCAAACGGAUUUUAACAUAUUUUUUAUACCCGAAAACAAAAAAGUAAUAACAUUAUUUUUUAGAUACAAUCAGUGACGGAUUUAGUAUGGGGGCAGUGGAGGUAGCUG